UAUGCUCGAGUGGGUCAUCAGCUUGUCACCGACUUUUGGGGGAAAGUCGUGGGAGGGCUGUACGCAUAUGUACAUUCCAGUGAUCGUCAAUCAUUACUGCAUUGCACUGGAGAUCGUGUUCUCUGAGUCGACGAUAUAUGUAUAUGACCUCGAUCAUUCAUGUCUGACACAGGAGCAGCUUGAGCAAAACAUAGAGCCGGUGAUUGUGAUCGUUCCUAUGAUGGCUAGACGGGUGAUCUUGACUAUGCAGGACAAACUAGCCAUCAUGCGGGAUAAGACGACGGCUAGGCAGUCUAUAUCGGUCGACUAUGACAUUUUCGUAAUCAAGUACAUAGAAUUUUUGAGUAUAGUACAUAAUGUUGGUAGAAUCAAUUAGUCAUGAAUACAGAAUUGGCGGAAUAAGUUAGCGUGCGACUUAUUCAAAUUUAAUUG